CUUCCCACCAUCCGACCACCAUCUUCACCCAUCCUCACCAACCAUCAGCAACAUGCCUGCACCACUGCGAGCCUCUGUUCUCGGUACCGGCCUCAGCGCUCAAGUAUUCCACAUCCCAUUCAUCCUCGCUCACCCACAGUACUUCACCCUCCACUCCAUCCUCGAGCGUGGUGCUGCUCCGGAAAAGUCCUUUGCGCGUGAAAAGUAUGGAGAGGGGAUAAAGGUUGUCACUACUUUUGAAGAGGUCACGGGUGAUAAGGAAGUCGAUGUCGUCGUGCUCAGCACGCCUAACAACACGCACUAUGCGUACGCCAAGGCCGCCCUCGAAGCAGGAAAACACGUCAUCAUCGAGAAGCCUCUGACGACCACCACAACGGAAGGUGCUGAACUUCUUGCCAUAGCAAAGAAACACAACCUCCUGAUCUGCGUCUACCAAAACAGGCGCUACGACUCCGACUUCCUCACCCUGCGCCGGCUGCUCGAGAAGGAACAAGUGUUUGGACAGGUCGUCGAGUUUGAGACGCAUUACGAUCGGUUCCGCCCGGCGAUGACCGGUGGAGGGACGUGGAAGGAGAAGCCUGGCACGGGGCAGGGUGCGCUAUUCGACCUGGGGAGUCAUUUGAUCGACCAAGUGCUCACCCUCUUCGGCACUCCCACCAGUCUCACAGGCUUCGUGGGCAAUUCUCGCCAACUUGGCGAUCCCUCUUUCGCCGACUCCUUCCUCGCCCUCUUCCACUACCCCGUCACCCCCCAACGCCCGCUCCCGCUGACGAUCAUCAUCCGCGGAGGGAUCCUGAGUUUGCUCAACCCCCAGCUGAGGUAUGUCGUCAAAGGCACCAAAGCUGGGUGGGUGAAGCAUGGGCUCGAUGUACAGGAACCGCAGCUUCGCCGGCCGGUACUGAUGAGCCUCAGCGACCCGGAGUUUGGGGUUGAACCGAAAGAACUCGAGGGAACGCUUACGACCGUAGAUGCGAAUGGGGCGAUGAAGAGCGAGAAGACCCCCACAGAGAAGGGCGAUUAUACUCUGUGGUACAAGAACGUUGGCGAGGCGCUGCAAGCUCGCGAUCCAGGCCUGCUGGCCGUGACGCCUGAACAAGGUCUAGAAGUGAUCAAGAUGAUCGAGCUGAUCUACCAGAGUCAGAAGGAAGGACGCACCGUCCAGGUUUGAGCAGCCCAGUCCCAGCCUGGACCGAUUGGCGAGAUGAGCUAGGACGUGCGUACACGAGGGUGGUAGGUUGGGGAUUACUUUCUUUGUGAGCGGGUUAUAUGCUGUGGGAAUACGAGCACCGGUUUUUGAAUGGAUACAUGUAU